GAAAGGACACAGUCAAGUUUGACGAAGCUAUCAGAACGCAUUUUCGUCGGGAGUGCUUGCCGUGUUCGUCCGUACGUUUCCUUAACAGUUGCAAAUACGGGGACUUCCUGCAUUAAAAUGACCGGAAACCAGCGAUAUCAGAUCGUAGAACGGGGAGCUCCGAACUCGACGGAUUACCGUGUUUUCUUCAAAACUGAGGACGGUCAUGCCGUUUCUCCACUGCACGACAUUCCGCUGUACGCGAACGCUGCCAAGACGGUGCUGAACAUGGUCGUGGAAGUGCCCCGGUGGACCAACGCCAAGAUGGAAAUCAGCCUCGGCGAAGGGCUCAACCCGAUCAAGCAGGAUGUUAAGAAGGGAAAGCUGCGCUUCGUGGCCAACUGCUUUCCCCAUCACGGGUAUAUUUGGAACUAUGGAGCUUUUCCGCAAACAUGGGAAAAUCCUGAUCAUCUCGAUCCGAACACCGGGUGCAAGGGAGAUAAUGACCCCAUUGAUGUGCUCGAAAUCGGUUCCCGAGUAGCAAAGCGAGGAGAUGUAGUACAGGUCAAGAUCCUCGGUACCGUUGCCUUAAUCGAUGAGGGUGAAACGGAUUGGAAAAUCAUAACCAUUGAUAUUAACGACCCAUUGGCCAGCCAAGUGAACGAUAUCAAUGAUGUCGAUAAGGUAUUUCCUGGGCUACUGAAGGCUACUAUCGAAUGGUUCAAGAUAUACAAAAUUCCGGACGGUAAACCGGAGAAUCAAUUUGCUUUUAAUGGAGAAGCCAAGGACGCUGCUUUUGCUACUAAAGUGGUAGAAGAGACCAAUAAGUUCUGGAAGGCACUAAUCAAUAAGGAAAUUGACGGCACGAGCAUUAGCUGUUUGAAUACCACCGUUGAGGGAUCUCCGUACUUAGUGUCCGCUGACAAUGCGCUAGAAGUUUUGGCCAAGAGCUCGAAUGGAGGAGAAACUCAACCCUUCAACGACACAAUUAAUAAGUGGCAUUAUAUUUCUCUAAAAUAAGCUUGGAAUGAGAAAGUUGAACGCGUUACUCGAAUUGAAUUCUCGUCGGUUUGCAACCUUUGCAGUAAGUAAGUGAAAAUGUUAAAAUAAAU